GGCAAUAUCUGGGACUUAUGAACAUGAUGAUAUGCAUGAGAUAACAUCAUUGGUCGGCUGACUGAGCUUGUUUUUUAUUGUUAUGGACCAAUAGGAAGUGACCCAGAAAUCCGAACGGAAGCACAUAAACCUUCCCAAGGAGUGAUGAGAGGAUGCCCUCCGCCCUGAAACAACCAGAGGGAGAAGGAGGAGAAGAAGUUGAUGAUAGGAUGCUACUGCUGAGCUGUGAGGACCUCCUCAGUCCUGUCAGCAGUACACAAUCACACACAGCUCUCAGACAUGCUGUUCAACUUACUGGCGACCUUACAGACUAGCUGAGUAACAAUGGGCUGACAGACAGAGAGGCUGAGCUACACAGGGAGCUGUCUGAAUGUGAGAUGAUCUGUUCACCUGUUGUCCAGACUGCUGACGGACUAAAGAACCGAACACGAAGAGGAUCAACACACUGGAACUACUCCCCACAUUAUACAGGUUAAUUGUACCCUGGUGGCUGAACUUCAUCAGAGGACUUUCUUAAGGGAGCCACCAUUCAGAAGCCAACAUGGCUGACACAGUGAAUACAUUGCCAUUCUUCUAUGGCAACAUCACCAGGGAGGAGGCAGAGGACUACCUGCGGCAGGCAGGCAGCAGCAACGGCUUAUACCUGUUACGGCAAAGCCGAAACUAUCUUGGAGGCUUUGCACUGUCCGUGUUGUACUCAAGCCGGUGCUACCACUACACCAUUGAAAGAGAACCCAAUGAAACGUAUGCUAUCGCUGGUGGUAAGAGCCACAGGACCCCGGUGGAUGUGAUUGACUACCACUCCCAAGAGAUGGAUGGUCUGGUGUGUCUGUUAAAGAAGCCCUGCAACAGGCCCAAGAACAUGCAGCCAAAGGUGGGACCGUUUGAGGACCUGAAGGAAAAACUGAUCCGGGAGUAUGUAAAGCAGACAUGGAAUCUACAGGGAGCAGCUCUGGAGCAGGCCAUCAUCAGCCAGAGACCUCAGCUGGAGAAGCUCAUUUCCACCACUGCACAUGAAAAAAUGCCCUGGUUCCAUGGAUCCAUAACACGUGAAGACUCUGAGCCCAGGCUUCAAAAUGGCUCCCGUACAAAUGGAAAAUUCCUGAUCCGACAGAGAGACUUGAAUGGAUCCUAUGCACUGUGUUUACUCCAUGAAGGACAAGUCAUGCAUUACCGCAUUGACAGGGACCGGACUAGCAAGCUCUCUAUUCCAGAUGGCAAGAAGUUUGACACUCUGUGGCAGCUGGUGGAGCACUACUCAUACAAACCAGACGGCCUGCUGCGAGUGCUAACAGAGCCCUGUCCAAGACCUGACGGAGACAUUGGUCUGAUAGAGCGGUCACUACUCCCAGGGGGCUCCCCUGGAUUCAGUUCUGCCUUACAAAGUGCAGCAGGUGGAAUUCUCUCCAAACUCAGAACUGUUCCCAUACCUGGCAUAAAGAAGAACCGGGGAUCCAGACACACCACAGAUCUCAAUCCUUAUGAAACCAGGGUGCCCAACAAUCAGGGCGGCAAAGGGUCUAUGCCAAUGGACACAGAGGUAUAUGAGAGUCCGUAUGCAGACCCAGAUGAACUGAGGAGUUCCACAGUGGAUCGCAGUCAGCUCUUCUUGGAGGAUGGAGAACUGGGCUCUGGGAACUUUGGUACCGUCAUGAAGGGCAUCUACAAGAUGAGAAAGACAGAGAAACCAGUUGCAGUGAAAAUCCUAAAGAAUGAUGAUAACAACCAGUCAGUCCAUGAGGAAAUGCUGCGAGAAGCCAAUGUCAUGCAGCAGCUGGACAACCCGUACAUUGUUCGGAUGAUUGGUAUCUGUGAGGCAGAGAACCUGAUGCUGGUGAUGGAGCUGGCUGAGCUGGGACCGCUCAACAAGUUCCUGCAGAAAAACAAGCAAACCAACAUAAAGAACAUCACAGAGCUGGUUCACCAGGUGUCCAUGGGGAUGAAGUACCUGGAGGAGCAUAACUUUGUCCACAGGGACCUUGCUGCCAGGAACGUGCUGCUGGUCACACAGCACUACGCCAAGAUCAGUGACUUUGGCCUCUCCAAAGCUGUUGCUGAGGAGCAAAACUACUACAAGGCCAAGGGUCAUGGGAAGUGGCCGGUGAAAUGGUACGCUCCUGAGUGUAUAAACUACUUUAAAUUCUCAUCCAAAAGUGAUGUGUGGAGCUUUGGGGUGCUCAUGUGGGAGGCCUACUCCUAUGGCCAGAAACCAUACAAGGGAAUGAAAGGAAAUGAUGUCAUGCAGAUGAUAGAAAGUGGAAAACGUAUGGAUGCCCCCAUGAACUGUCCACCAGAGAUGUAUGACCUCAUGAGGACCUGCUGGACAUACAAGGGAGAAGAAAGGCCAGGAUUUUCUGUUGUUGAGCCAAGACUACGAGACUAUUAUUACGACAUUGCACAGUGAUUCUUCACAUGGAUGUCAUGAGAUUAUGCAAACCCUUGUUUGAUGAGAAAAACUGCAUUCUAAUAGACUGGAGAUUGGAAAAUUAAUUUCAGAGGAUAUAUUCUAACUUUUAAACAUAUUAUGCAAAUGUUCUUUAUUUUAUUUUAUUUUUUCUUCUUUUCUGAAUGUAAACAAAAUUGAAGUUGUAAUAAACAUAUACAAGUUUCAAAAUUCAUGUUACAGCUAACAAACAGAUUCAUUUGGUAGACAUGUUAUAAUUCUGUUAUUGAAUAGGCUAUAGCUGCAUCAUUGCACUGUCAUUCUAGUCUUCACACCUGAAGGCUUUCAGUGGUGGGUGUGUUCUGUACUCACAUAUGAAUAAAUGCCCUGUCACUGUGACUCAUAA